AAUAACUUGAUUUAAUGAAGCCUUUGUGGCAGUCCUUAGAGAGAAAUCUUCCUUAAACUGGUGUUCUACCUGUUUAACUCAUCGUGCUAACCCUCAGAUGUGUAGGGGCUUUUACAGGAUCAUUGGACAGACUCAUAAACAGAUAUCGGGAUCAAUUAAAAAAGGCAACAUGAAAGAAGCUGAGAAGCCACAUGCAGCGGACAAAUUCUGCUGUGUUUCCAAACUGAAGGUAUUUCUGCUGGCACUGUCACUUGCAUUUGUUGGUAAAACGAUGUCUGGUGCUUACAUGAACAGCAUGUACACACAGAUAGAGAAACAAUUUAAUAUUCCGGCUUCUUUAGUGGGGAUCAUUAAUGGAAGCUUUGAAAUUGGCAACUUGCUGCUGAUAGCAUUUGUGAGUUACUUUGGAGCAAAGCUUCACAGACCCAGAAUAAUUGCUUUGGGCUGCACAAUUCUGUCAUUUGGAUGUCUUUUGAUAUCACUUCCUCAUUUCCUAUUUGGAAGGUAUCGUAUUGAAAGCAGUAUUUCACCACAGGAGAAUUUUUCAGUCAUGCCGCUAUGCCUUGGUAAUCAAAGCUUGUUCUCUUUACCUACAGAGGAACCAUCAACAGAAUGUGAAAAAGAGCCUGGGUCCUUGCUGUGGAUAUUUGUGAUGGUUGGAAACAUAGUACGAGGAAUGGGUGAAACUCCCAUCAUGCCUUUAGGCAUUUCAUAUUUGGAGGAUUUUGCCAAAGCAGAGAAUUCACCUUUCUACCUGGGAUGUCUCCAUACAGCAACUGUAAUUGGCCCCUUCCUUGGUUUCUUGUUGGCAUCAUUCUGCGCAGAACUGUUUGUUGAUCUGGGAUCAGUAGAUGCAGAUGACAUAACUAUAACAGCAACUGAUGCCCGAUGGGUUGGAGCAUGGUGGCUGGGCAUUUUGAUUUGUGCAUCACUGAAUCUUCUUGCAGGAAUACCUUUUUGGUUUUUGCCCAAGUCACUCAUGAAGGAAGGAGAAACCAAUGAACCUGAGGAGAGGAGUAAAAAAAGUGUAGUACUAUUGCAAGAAAAUUAUAAAAAUGAAGCCAAACAGACCAUGUAUGAAAUUGCUAAAGAUUUCAUCCCAUUCCUCAAGGCUCUCUUUCGCAACCCAGUUUAUAUGUUAUUUAUAUGCAUAACUGUGUUACAGUUCAGUGCCUUCAAUGGCAUGGUAUCCUUCAUGCCCAAGUAUCUGGAACAGCAGUUUGGAAAAUCAGCAGCAGAUGCCAUCUUUUUAAUUGGUGUUUACAACUUACCAGUUAUAUGCGUUGGGUAUUUUUUUGGAGGCUUAUUCAUGAAGAAAUUCAAGAUAAAUAUCUAUCAGGCUGCGAACAUAGCAUUUUGGGUAUCUUUACUGGAAUACCUUCUCUACUUUGCUGCCUUUUGGACUGUCUGUGAUACUUCACCAGUUGCUGGCCUAACAGUUUCCUAUGAAGGAAUAGAGCAAGUUUCAUACGCAGAAAAUACUCUACUUGCUGGCUGCAACAGGGAUUGUGAUUGCCCACUUAAAACAUGGGACCCUGUUUGUGGGAACAAUGGAAUCACAUAUGUGUCACCUUGUCUUGCUGGGUGUAAAGCCUCAAGAGGAACUGGAAAAAAUGUGGUAUUUGAAAACUGCACCUGUGUUGCAGCCUCAGGGUUUUCAUCUCAAAAUGUCUCUGCAAUUCUGGCCCAGUGUGAUGGAGAAGAAAUCUGUGACAAGAUGCUUCAUUAUUUUUUAAUAUUGUCAUUGGUCUGCAGCUUCAUUUUUUCCUUAGCAGCCAUGCCUGGGUACAUGGUCUUAAUAAGGUCUCUAAAGCCUGAAGAAAAGUCAUUUGGAGUGGGUAUCCAUGGACUAGCUUCAAGAGUAUUUGCUGGAAUUCCAUCUCCCAUUUAUUUUGGAGCUUUGAUAGAUACCACUUGCUUGAAGUGGGGUACUAUGACUUGUGGUGGAGGAGGAGCAUGUAGGAUGUAUGACAUUGUCACAUAUAGGUGGCUCUAUCUUGGCCUGCCGGCAAUAUUACGUGGAGUGUCCUAUAUCCCAAGUGCACUAAUUCUCCUUAUUUUAAAGAAGAAACUUAAAUCUGAAAGCCAAGUCUUAUUAAACGCACCAGUAGAAAUGCAGGAUAAAGUACAAGAAGCAUUGGAAUAACAUUUCAAAGCAGGACAUAUUGUGAAAAAACCUUGCAGUGUAAAUUUUGGAUAUAUCCUUGUGACAGAUUUCGUACUUAGUGAACACUUGGACAGAGAUUAACAGAAUUGCUUGUAGUCGUAUUCUAAUUAUAUUAUAAAAGUAUCAGUUCAUAAACAGAAGUUCAGGAAAAAUCUGUUUGAUGCAAAAAACCAAGGAGUAGAAAUAAGAAAACUUAUGAAAUGCCAGGUUUGAGUUGUCUGAGCAAAGGGCUAUGAAGCAGAAACCUAUGUUUUCAGUCCUGGUUCCACUGAGGAUAGUGAGAUUUGUAGCUUCUUUGGGACUGACUUUUCCAUAAAUUCAUUUCCUUAUGCUGUUAAUCCUUUCAGGCAGGGACUUUCUGUUAUUCUGCAUAGUGUAGAUGGUCAAUAUAUUGGGGCCUGGGUUCUGUGGUAAUAACAACAAAUAAAAAAAAGAAAAAAAAAAGAAA